CCCAAGUAAACAACCUGGAAGCUCCUCUUCCUCUACUUCCCCCACAACCAUUCCUCAAUUUAAUUUCAUCAUCCCGUCAAUACACCCGCACCCGCAUAUUCCCUGCUCGUUAACAUCAAGCCCAUACUCUUUCACGAGACCAUACUCAAUCUUCACUUCUAUCAACUACAUCACACUAAUAGCGACGCUGAAAGUGUUUAACAAUGGCGCGUCGUUCCGCGCGCCUCGCGAGCGCUACCAAGAAAGCUACCGCAUCUCCGGCACCCCAAUUGGAUUCCGUAUCGGAGCUCAAUGACGAUUCAACUUCACAAUCUGGACAGACUAGCCGACGACUUGACACAAUCGUGUCUUCACCGAUGCGUCAGUCUACGACGAAGCCUGCUACCCCAUCUGUAGCCACACCUGUUAAGCUCCCCAUGUCCGAAAUGCAUCCCAGCAAGGUGCAUCCAACUACUGCUGCGCCGUCGUCUGGCUUGAACUUGGGUUUCACAGACAUUGAUUACAAUAAGAAGACACCUCGUGCGCCCGCUGUUCUUCAAUCUACGCCCUCUAAGACGCCCAUGUCGGUUCCCACAAGCGACUUCACCUUCCGCUACACUGCGGAUGACGAUGCAGGCCUUAGUCCCGCUGCUAAGAAAUUGAUGGGCGACAUUCGUAAAGAUGCGGCUAAAAUCAAAGCCGAACUUGCUGUUGAACGUGAGCAUGAGAAGAAACAAGAGGCAGAACAGCGAAAGGUUCGGCAGGCUAUAGGAAAAGCUGGCCGCUUUAGCGCUGCUCACAUGGCCGAGUUCAAGAAGAUGGAUUCUAUCGAGAAUCACCCAUCCGCAUUUCGCUCUCCUGGCACUUCUACUCCUGUGAAGCCAGGUCUCAAGCGCGCUCGAUCGAAGGCAGACCUUGACGGAUCUGAUUCGCUGCGAUCGAAGAAGUCCUUCUCUCGCCUAGUCCCUAGCUCCCCCCAGAGACAGGAGGAACCGGUAUCCCCUGUCAAGAGAGUUAAGCAGCGGCUAGAUGAUGAUGUAUCCGCACUUCGCCCUGUCUCUCGAGAUGGCAGCAAUAUUCCUCGCCCGAAGAGUAGCGGAAAUGAUUCCGUUCAUGGAGCUGCCCCCCGCUCUCACCUAAACCACUUAAUGACUCCGACAAAGUCCUCGCUGGCGCGCUCAGCCAGCGUGAAGACUCCUGCUAAGACCUUGACUAAGGCACAGAGUAAGCCUGACCUUGCAGAGCUCAGUAGAACCCCGAGCAAGUCCAGCUUUGCUAGCCGCGCAAGAAUCUCGAGCCAGAAGGGAUUCUCCAGCCUUAAGAAGGCUGUGAUCCCAAACUAUGUGGGCUAUUCAAACCAGGUCCAGACUCCGGGUCGAUUCGAUAGGGUCAAAUCGAUCUUGAAGAGGCAGAUUGGUGGACCUAAGUCUCACAUCCCUCAGCUUAUGGCGUCUCCUUCGAAGACGUCUCUUCAUUACGGAAAUAGUGAGGACCCUCCUAAGGCUCCUCUUACGACUCCGGCCCGAAAGGUGGAACGACAUGUGGGGUUUACGCCCGCGAAGUCCAGUAUACCUCGUUCUAAGGGAAUGGUGCGGUUCCAAUCCGGCACCUCCACCGAUGACAAGUCCCCCGGCGAGAAAAUUUCUCAGGGCGAUGUUGCGUAUCCAGACCUUUCAGCAUACUGUCGAGACAUAAAUGGCGACGCCGAGAUGUCUGAAGAUGCUAAUCCUCCGGAAUCGGUGCCUGGAACCUUCACGUUCCGCAGUGAUCACACCAUUCGAUUUGACAGCGCAUCGCCCACUGGUUUUGGUGGUGCUGCUGGUCAGGCUAGUAUUCGCCACAUCCGCGAGUCGGUUCUGCCUACGGGCCGAAUGCCCGGCAGUUUCCCUCGACCUUCUGAUGUGUCUCCCAACAAGGAGAACAAUGUUCCGCCUGUCGGAGACGGAAUUCCUCAUGGAAUGUCCAACAAGAAGCGACAUAGGGCUAAUUGGGAUGAAGAAGAUGACGAGCAAACCGACCAGCGCGCCUCCAAGAAGUUGCGAAAGAACCCGGCAGCCGAAGGCCACGCACUUGUGGCGCCCCGAUUGCUUGGUCGAGAGUCGCCGACCAAGAAGUCCAGUGGAACUCCUCGUACCCCGAGCCCGCAGAAGAGUCCGCAGAAGAAAAGCGGUGGCCUCAGCCUGAGCAGGCUUAACAUGCUUGCUAGACCUAAGUCGCGCAAGUAAUCUAUUAUGUGGCAACUGUCGAUGCCUAUGCUAAUAGGCCGGCAUAUCAGGAUGAGAGGAUGCAUUUCACGAUUUUCAUAAGGACGCAAUUAGCUGCUCAUACAACCUCUAAUUAGAAUGCCUGCAUUCAGACUGUUAGCAGGAUCAUGUUGGAGCAGAUUCUAUCUCACGUUUGAGAUGUGUACGAAUAUCAUUUGGUUUCGACCUUUUCGUCGCCUGCAUCGGUCGAUUCAUACUGCAUUGGGGUCUGCGAAGGGUUUUGUAGGAUAAGGAAAUCCGAAAGGUUCAUGGUUAGGACUGGUGGUUCAUUCUGGGUGGCUAUGGCGUACUGAGAUGCAUCACAAAUUCGAUAGGUCCUACGUAUUCACGAUCAUAAUGACAAAACCCCCCGUUACGAAAACAACAGGAGUAACUACAUCGUUUAGUAACCAGUGACUUCCUUAUAUCCAUUAUCAAAGUUUCUACUUGUAGCUAUCUGCAUGCCGAAGGGACUCGGGACGAUCUAGGG